AUGUCACAAAAUACCAAGAUCCAGCAGAAACCACAAAGACUUCUCGCCUGCGUCCGCUGCCAGCAACGUAAAGUCAAGUGCGACCGCAGCUAUCCCUGCAGCAAUUGUGUCCGGGUGGGUGUUCAGGCCGAAUGCACACCAGCAUCUCUUGCACCCCGACAACGGAAGCGUAGAUUCCCGGAGCGAUAUCUUCUGCAGCGUGUCAGGCAAUACGAGAGCCUUCUGCGGCAGCACAACAUACCUUUCGAACCAUUGCAUCCAAGUGCAGCAAGCGAAGCAGCCUCCGAAGCCGACCAUGAGCCAAACAAUGCAGAGAACACUGGGCCGACCCCUGAAUCAAUUGUAGACGUUCGAAAAGAUGAUCCCAUUGACGAGAAGCCUGGCGAUGGGAUCGAUAUUUGGCAAGUUAUGAACCAUGCGUCCAGUGACGGCGAAUUCGAAGAGGACGAAGACGACAUCGACAUCACCCACAUCGACUACGCUGCCAAAGGCAAGAUGCGAUACUCAACGGUCAAGAAGGCGCUGGACCAGCUCUUCCACAAUAACGAUCUGCUUUUCUUCGGCUCGAGCAAGUCAGAUGGACCACUUUCGACACUUCAUCCACCGCAGGUGCACAUCUUCCGGCUCUGGCAGAUCUACCUGGACAAUGUCAAUCCAAUCCUCAAAGUCACACAUACUCCAACGCUGCAGUCACGGCUGCUUGAUGCGGCGGCCGAUGUCACCUCGAUCCACCCACCAUUGGAGGCACUGAUGUUCAGCAUAUACUGCGUGGCAAUCGUGAGCCUACAAGACGAUGAGUGCAAGUCCUUGUUCGCCUCGCCGAAAGAGGAGCUUCUUUCAAGGUAUCAAUUGGCAUGCCAGCAAUCGCUGCAGAACUGUCGCAUACUUAGAGCUACGGACUUGGAUUGCCUUGUUUCGCUCUUUCUCUACUUGGUGUCAGUCAGAUCGAAUACUGAUCCACGAUCUCUGGGAGCCCUCCUCGGCGUCGCCAUCCGCCUCGCCCAACGCAUGGGCAUCCAUACCGAAUCAUCAAACGCAAAAUGCUCACCCUUCGAAGCAGAACUACAUCGUAGACUUUGGUGGGCUCUAGUCCUCUUCGACAACCGCAUUUGCGAAAUGUCGGACAUGAAAGCCACCAUGCUCGCACCAACCUGGAACUGCAAACCGCCCCUCAACGUAAAUGACUUCGAUAUUCGCCCUGAAAUGACAUCCCUUCCAACCGCUCAUCGUAUCCCAACCGAAGCCCUCUACGCCGUCGUCUGCAGCGAACUCGGCAAUCACGCCCGCCACAGCGCCUCCUACCUCGACUGUAACGGUCCUACGCCCGAAGUAUGGAAAGGUCGUCCGAACCAUACAAGUCGAACCCUGGACGAGAUCCAUCAAGCCCUCGAAAAUAAGUACUUCUCCCUUUGCAACCCGGAGAACCCCAUCCACUACCUCACAAUCUGGACCGCCCGAGGCUUCCUCGCCAAGUACCGUCUUUACGAACACUACUCCCUAGCCUCUCGCUCCCAAACUCCUCAAACAACCACCCAGCGAGAUGCAGCGAUAAUUCAUGCCAUCACAAUCCUAGACUGCGACACCAGACUCGCCUCCUCGCUCUUAACUAAGGGUUUCUUCUGGCAACUCUAUUUCAACUUCCCUUUCCCCUCGUACAUGCACAUCGUCAGCGAUUUGCAGAAACGGCCGCUCGCAGAACCUGCAGAGAGGGCGUGGAGGGCCAUGAGCGAAAAUUGUGAGGCGAGGUUCAAGAGUGACACCGAUGUCAAUUUGGGGUUCAAGCUGUUCUCGAGGUCAGUGUUGCAGGCUUGGGAGGCGAGGGAGAAGGCCGUAAGAGAGCUCGGCAAUCCUAUUGAGGUUCUGCCGAGUAUCGUGGAAGCUAUACAGCGCAGAAGGACGGGACAGACGCCAAAGGGCCCGGAGCAUGACCAGCAGCUUGAUGAUGCAGGACUGCAGGACUUUGAGAUGCCAGUGCAGAUGGAUUGGAGUUUGGGACUGCCGGGUAUGAUGGAUCCGCUGGGAACGGAUAUGGAUUUCAGUCAGUUCUUUGAUUGGGAUCCUGCGUCUUCUGGCUGGGCGGGUUUGGAUGGCGUGUGA